UUAAUUAAACAUGGAUAAUUUCUUAAGUUUCAUAAUUUUCCAUGGAAGCAGCUCCAUCAUCAUCAACUUGCGCCUGCAGCCACCUUGUGACCAUGCCCUACCCUGCUCGCGGCUACAUCAACCCCAUGAUGAACUUCUGCAAGAUGCUUCUCUCCAACGACAACACCAGAUUAAUCCUCGUAACCUUCGUCGUCACCGAGGAAUGGCUCGGUUUCAUCGGCUCCGACCCAAAGCCCGACAUUAUGAGAUUCGCUACAAUCCCCAACGUCGUAGCUUCCGAUCACCCGGGGUUCCUAGAAGCUGUCAUGGCCAAAAUGGAAGCGUCCUUUGAGGAGCUACUCAACCGCCUUCAGCCGCCGCCUACCGCCAUCGUGUCUGAUACUUUUCUGUACUGGGCGGUCGUUGUUGGAAGCCGGAGGAAUAUUCCGGUGGCGUUGUUUUCGACCAUGUCCGCGUCUAUUUUCUUUGUGCUCCACCACCAUCACCUUUUGGUCAAUUUGUCAGGUAAUUAUUUCAACCAAAACGGUGGCGAACGUGUGGAUUAUAUUCCUGAAAUUUCCUCAAUGCGGGUCGUGGAUUUUCCUCUAAACGAUGGUAGUUGCCGCAGCAAGCAAUUGCUGAAAACAUGCCUGAAAGGUUUCGCGUGGGUUUCAAAAGCACAGUAUCUUCUAUUCACUUCCAUUUAUGAGCUCGAACCUCAUGCCAUUGAUGUCCUAAAAGCAGAGUUGUCAUUGCCCAUAUACACUAUUGGCCCUGCCAUACCUUAUUUUAGCCUUCAAAACAAUCCCACUUUCAGCACCACAAAUGGGACUAGUGAUAGCUACAUGGAAUGGCUACAGGUUCUGUUCUUUACAUCUCACAAAGGAAGCCAUUUCUCGGUUUCAAGGGCUCAAAUGGAUGAGAUUGCAUUUGCUUUGAGGGAAAGUGGCAUUCAGUUCUUGUGGGUAGGCCGUAGUGAGGCUUCAAGGUUGAAAGAAAUUUGUGGGAACCAACACUACUACAAAAGAAGCAUUUUACGACGAAGGUGUGACCAACAAUUGAGAGUGUUGUCUCAUCCUUCAAUUGGAGGAUUUUGGUCUCAUUGUGGAUGGAAUUCAACCAAAGAAGGUGUGCUUGCUGGGGUUUCGUUUUUGACAUUUCCAAUAAUUAUGGACCAACAAAUUGAUAGUAAGAUGAUAGUAGAGGAUUGGAAGGUUGGGUGGAGGGUGAAGGAAGAUGUUAAAGUGAAUACUACUACUUUGGUGAAGAAAGAUGAAAUCGCAAUGCUAGUGCAGAAAUUUAUGGAUUUGGAUAGUAAUCUUGCAAGGGAAAUCAGGGAAAGAUCCGAAACUCUUCGGCAGAUAUGUAGUCGUGCAAUUACAAAUGGUGGGUCAGCUGUUACUGAUUUGAAUGCCUUUGUUAAGGAUUUAGUGCAGACAAUACAUUAAAGCCGUAAACACCUUGUAAACGAGCAUGCACUCAUUUUCAAUUUCAAUUGUAUUUGUAUGACAUUUGUCUGGUUAACUUUCACUAUCAUCUGACUAUUCAUGUUAUUUCCAAACAAACAGAUACACUGCU